AUGGCCGGGAAGUUUUCGCGGGCUUUGACGUCAGCAAGCAAUUUGGUCCUGGUGAGAAGAACAAUGCGUACAAUCCAAGACGUAAUUACGUUUUUGAAGGGAGGACAGAAGCGCACAACAGCCCUGAAAAAUGCCAUCUCGGCAAUUUUUCCAGAUUAUAACAAAACCACACUGGUUUCUAUGUGCACGACACGUUGGGUUGAAGGACAUGACGCUGUCGUCCGGUUUGUUGAGGUAUUUCCAGCGAUUAUCCAAGCGCUUGGCUCUCUUGAGCAGGAAGGCGAUACUGAGACGUCGAACAAGGCUUAUUUGCUUGGGAAACGAGUAAAGGAGUUCGAGUUUAUAAUUUCGAUGUUGGUUAUAAAAUUUGUUGCUGGGUCGAUGCUGGUUUUAUCAGAGAAACUGCAGAAACCAACAAGAAAUUUAGUUUCUGUGUGCGAACUAAUCGACGAUGACAAGAGGCAUCUUAACUUUUCUUUAGAAAAUUCAAACGUUUAUAACGAAAUAUUUUCCAAUGCUUGCCGUAUUGCCUCCGAUCUUGAAAUUUCACCACAAACCCGCAACAUUCGCUCCUCGUCAGCGGAAGAAGUAGAUGCGCACUAUAAUACCCAGCUAUUUAGACCUUAUCUUCAGAUGGUCCUUAACGAGUUAUCAGUCCGCUUUAGCAAUCAUUUCUUAAAGGUUGCAAAACUUAGUUUUUUAAUUCCGAUUAACAUCGCCCAACUGAAUAUUUGCAGCAACCGAGAUGUGUAUGUUCAUUUCGGUGAGGUGCUCGAUCUGCAUAGAGCUGACCUCUUGCACCCGAUGGAUUGCGUCCUGACCGAACUUCACACGUGGUCUUUAAAAUGGCAACAAGUUCCAUUUUGUGAAUUGCCGGACAACUUAAAUGAUGCCUUAUCUCGAGCCCUAUGUGACCUGUAUCCAAAUAUUCACAGGCUUCUUAAAGUUUUUCUGACAAUUCCCUGUACAACAGCCUCCGUAGAGCGCACUUUUUCUGGUUUGAAAAGGUUGAAAACGGUUUUAAGAAAUCGAUGUGGUGAAGAACGUCUUGGUGGGAUUGCUCUAAUGGCUUUACAUCGCGAUGCAGCGAUAAAUUACAGUGCUAUUGUGGAUGAAUUUUUGUUGCAAAAACGCAAAUAAAAUUUGGUGGAGUUAUUUUAUUUAUUUACAACUCUAUUGUCGAGUGUCGGUCAUAUAGAAAAACUAAUUGGUCUAUAGAUGAUAGGGAAACCCCGUUUCGGUAUGCAUUUAUAUAUAUUAAAUACCAACGAACGUUUACUAAGUCUUGUAAAGACGAUUGAAGGGUAAACAUGAGCGAAAUACGUAAACAGAAUGAAAUAAAUUAACACAACGAAACGGAGGCACGAGAGUGACGUAACAAGCGACUCGUUCUGUAUGUAGUUUGCUACGCAUGGACGAUCAAGUAACUAUGGGCGACAUAAACAUAUAUAUGUAUACACAAUGAACAGUAAUGUAGUUUGCCGACUGUAAACACAAUAUCAUCUAGUCUAAUAUAGAACAUUUAUUAAGGAAGAAUCUUAACAGCUGU